CUCCUCACCUUAACGGAGAUGACCGUUGAUCCAAACCAUACAAUACUCCCAAAAAAACACCACUCCCAAUGGAAACUUGCCACUCUCCAUUAGCAAAAUAGCUAUAACACCCUAAGCUUUAGAAGACCAAAUGCCCUUACGAAUCCCCAAAAUUAACCCCAAAUUCCUGUUCUUCUCUGUAAUUACUUGUACUUUUAUGAGGGUAAAUCCGGUAAGUUUUCUGCGCGCCCGGACAUCGCCAUCCCCAUUCAAAAAAAUUCAAAUUCGACUGAGAAAAAAACCCUAACCCGGCUUAAAAAAAACCAGAACCACUCUGUGUCUCUCUUGCUGUAGCCGAAAAACCCACAAGCAUCGCGAUUGAGGAGCGAGAGUGAGAAAUUGUAGAGAGAGAAAGAGGAAGGAAAAGAUAGAUCGAGAGAGGACCAAAAGGGUUGAGAGAUAACAGAGAAAGAGAGCGGCAUUGCUUCGAGUUGAAGCCAGGGCCCCAUCUUUAGAUCCCCUCCCUCUCUUUCUCUCUCUAAAAUGACUUCAAGAAACUACACGCGACCUCCCGCUCCCAGAAGCCCGUCAAAUAAGAAGGAGAACAUUGAUGAAGUUCCAGUUGAUAAGCGACAGAAGAUAGGGCGUGACAUGUUUGGGACUGGGAAAAUGGCAGGGGCUCAACUUAGAACUAGGCAAGCUUUUUCAGUGGUUAAUUCUGGAGAAGAAAUCUCAGAUCACACUAAUGGAGGCUUAGGCAAUAGAAAUAUGGAUUGCAAUUCUGUUGAGUUUAGGCGCGAAGAUGUUGAUGCACUUCUUAAUGAGAAGAUGAAAGGGAAAAACAAAUUUGAUUACAAGGGAAAGUGUGAGCAUAUGACCGAGUACAUAAAGAGGCUUAGACAGUGCAUCAAAUGGUUUCAAGACGAACAAGAGGCCCUUCUCAUUGAGGAGGAUAAGCUCCGAAGAGAGUUGCAAUCUGCUGAGAACAAACACAAGGAAAUUGAGUCACAAAUGAAGAAAAAAGAGGAAGAGCUGACAGAUACAGUUGCAGAACUGAGAACAAGUCUCACUACUCUUCAGGAGAAGUUCGCAAAUGAAGAAUCGGAUAAACUGGCCGCUCUGGAUUCUUCACGAAAAGAAAUUGAGGCAAGAUUGGCUGCUGAAAAGACGAUUGCUUCUCUUUCCGAAGAGUUGGAGAAGGCUCAUCAAGAGUUGGUGAAUUUGAAUCAACAGAUGUCAAAUCUACAAGAGUGUAACAAAAGGUUACAAGAAUAUAAUGCAAGUUUGCAACAGUAUAACAGUAAACUUCAGACAGAUGCCGCAGCUGCUAACGAGUCCAUAUCACGGAUUCAAAAAGAGAAGAAUGCUAUGAUGGAAACUCUGAGCACUAACAGAGGUCUUUCUACUUCGUUACAAGAGAAGCUCAAUGCAUCUAAAGCCUCUGAACAAGAAGCUUUGAUCCAGAAGAAGUUACUGAUGGAGGAAGCAGGACGGCUCAGGGGGGAAAUGCGACAAUUAAAAGAAGACAAAGAUAAUCAGUUGUCCCAAGUGGAGGCAUUGACAGCUGAAGUAGCCAGGUACAAAGAGUGUACUGGAAGAUCUACUGCAGAGAUGACCUUUCUUGCAUCAAAGACAACUCAACUGGAGGAGAGUUAUUCAUCUCAGAAGGAACAAAUAAAAUUUUUGCAGCAGCAGCUUGCAGCUGCUCAGGAGAAAUUACAGAUGGCAGACGUCAUAACCUCUCAAAAGAAUUCGGAGUUUGCAGAAAAUAAGAAAAUGCUGGAGGAGUUACAGAACCGUUUAUCUGAAGCAGAAAUUCAAAUUUUUGAGGGGGAGUUACUGCGAAGAAGAUUGCAUAAUACGAUUCUGGAAUUGAAAGGUAACAUACGGGUCUUCUGCCGGGUGCGCCCUAUGCUGCCUGAUGAUGACUGCGCAGGCACUCCUGUCAUAGCAUAUCCUUCGUCAACUGAAUUGCAGGGGCGGGGUAUUGAGUUGAUACAAAAUUCAGGGCAGAAACAUUCAUUUAGUUUUGACAAGGUUUUCAACCAUGAUGCUACCCAAGAAGAUGUCUUCGUCGAAAUCUCUCAACUUGUUCAGAGUGCUCUUGAUGGAUAUAAGGUUUGCAUCUUUGCGUAUGGACAAACUGGCUCUGGAAAAACGUAUACCAUGAUGGGAAGGCCAGAUACCCCAGAACAAAAAGGCCUUAUACCUCGCUCUUUAGAACAAAUAUUUCAAACUAGCCAAGCACUUUCUUCGCAAGGGUGGACUUUUAGAAUGCAGGCAUCAAUGUUGGAGAUCUACAAUGAAACGAUUCGAGAUUUGUUAGCAGCUAAUCGUGAAGUGUCUCGAACUGAGAAUGGUGUGUCAACGAAAUAUAUUAUUAAACAUGAUAAUGGCAACACGGUUGUGUCUGAUCUCACAGUUGUAGAUGUUGUAAGUUUGAGAGAGGUUUCCUCCCUUCUACACCGUGCUGCGCAAAGCAGGUCUGUAGGUCGGACACAAAUGAAUGAGCAAUCAUCAAGGAGUCAUUUUGUGUUCACUCUACGAAUAUCUGGGGUCAAUGAGAGCACAGAACAGCAAGUACAGGGAGUGUUAAACUUGAUUGACUUAGCUGGUAGUGAGCGGUUGUCAAAGAGUGGCUCAACAGGGGACCGUCUCAAAGAAACUCAGGCAAUAAAUAAGAGUUUGUCAUGCCUUGGAGAUGUGAUUGUGGCGAUUUCGAACAGAGAGUCCCAUGUUCCUUUCCGGAAUUCCAAGCUCACCUACCUUCUCCAGUCUUGCUUGGGUGGAGAUUCAAAGACGCUGAUGUUUGUCAACAUAUCACCUGAGCCAUCUUCGAUGAAUGAAUCCCUAUGUUCUCUUCGGUUUGCUUCCAAAGUAAAUGCUUGUGAAAUUGGUGUUCCCCGACGUCAGACCCACAUGCGCCCUCUAGAUUCUCGACUGAGUGUCAGCUGAAUGGCAACUGUGGGUGAUCUCUUUUUUCGAGAUGAUAGUAAUUAUGUGGAAGCUAGUUUUAGGUGUAUGUUGUAUAAUUGAUGAAAAAGUUGCGUAUUUGUAACUUUUGGAUGACACUCUUGUGCCCAUGUUAGGGCAGUAAAAGCCAUUGAUUGUGGUCUCAAUUCCGGUUAAUCAUCUGUUGUGCAAAA